AUGGGGCUCCGGUCCAGGACCGUCGCUAGCGGCUCUGAGGAGCAGAAGAAGACCUCCGGCGCUCCUCCUUCUGGAGACUUACUGGACCAAAGCGGCGCUGGAGGAGUGGACAAGGAUGGGGCCCUGCUGCUUAUGGGCCGGGAGGACUUCAAGCGGGGCACUCAGGGCAUCACCAUCGGGCUGCUGGCCAAAACCCCCCUGAACUACACCCGGCCCGUGAAGAGGAAUAACAUCCGCAAGAGGAAGAUCCAGAACCUGAUCUACGAUACGCUGGAGAGGCCGAGAGGAUGGGCGCUGCUCUACCACGCGUUCGUAUUUCUAAUUGUUCUGGGAUGCUUGAUCCUGGCCAUACUGACCACAUUCAGGGAACAUGAGAAGGAUUCGGCACACUGGCUGGUUAUACUGGAAACUUUUGCCAUCUUCAUAUUCGGAGCAGAGUUUGCACUGAGAAUCUGGGCAGCAGGUUGUUGCUGUCGCUACAAAGGAUGGAGGGGGAGGCUUAAGUUUGCUCGUAAACCACUGUGCAUUUUGGACAUCUUCGUGCUUAUUGCCUCGGUGCCAGUGGUGGCGGUGCGAAACCAAGGUAAUGUGUUGGCCACGUCCCUGCGCAGCCUGCGCUUCUUGCAGAUACUGCGGAUGUUACGCAUGGACCGGAGAGGGGGGACGUGGAAACUCCUUGGCUCUGCAAUCUACGCACACAGUAAGGAGCUGAUCACAGCCUGGUACAUUGGCUUCUUGUCUCUGAUCCUGGCAUCUUUCCUGGUGUACCUGGUAGAAAAAGAUGAUGGUUCUGGCAAUGUUUCUGACCAGGAAAACCCCACGGCGCAGACUCAGCAGCAGGACUUUGACACAUAUGCCGAUGCGCUGUGGUGGGGGCUGAUCACACUGACCACCAUUGGUUAUGGGGACAAAACCCCAAAGACUUGGGCUGGGAGACUGUUAGCUAGCACUUUUGCUCUGAUCGGAGUUUCCUUCUUUGCUCUACCUGCCGGGAUUCUCGGUUCUGGCUUGGCUCUGAAGGUCCAGGAGCAGCACAGACAGAAGCACUUUGAGAAGCGCCGACACCCGGCAGCCGGGCUUAUUCAGUCUGCCUGGCGGUAUUAUUCAACCAAUCCAAUCAGGGACGAUCUUAUUGCCACAUGGAGAUUUUAUGAAACCAUCAUCUCUCUUCCCUGUUUUAGGAAGGACACCCUGGAGGCCAUGGUCAGCCAGAAAGUAAGUUUGCUGGAGCGCGUUCGCCAAUCCAACGCAAGACCUUCUGUUGCCAUGGUCAGGAAACCAGUGAUUAAUGCUGAUACCAUUGAGGAGAGUCCCUCCAAGGAGCCCAAACCCGCCGGCUUCAGUAACCGUGAGCGCUUCCGCACCGCCUUCCGCAUGAAGGCCUACACCCUGCGCCAGAGCUCUGAAGACACUGGAGCUCUUGCAGACCCAGUCCUAGAGGACCGGGGCUUUCCCCCAGAGAUCCUCCUAGAAGAGAUGAUCCCAACACUGAAACUGGUCAUCAGGGCAGUCAGGAUCAUGCAAUUUCUCUUGAACAAGAAGAGAUUCAAGGAAACUCUGAGGCCUUACGAUGUCAAAGAUGUGAUUGAGCAGUACUCUGCUGGACAUCUGGACAUGCUCUGCAGAAUUAAAUACCUCCAGACAAGGAUCGACAUGAUUCUUGCCCCUGGACCUCCCCUCACCCCUAAAAGCAAGAAGCCCCAGAAACCACCCUUUAACUACCCAUCCAAUCAGUCACCCAGGCAUGAGUCCUACUUAGCCAAAGCCACGUCAAUGCCAGAUACCGAAGACCAAAGCAUGAUGGGUAGAUUUGUCAGGGUGGAGAGACAGGUGGAGGACAUGGAGAAGAAGCUGGACUUCCUUGUGGACAUGCACAUCCAACACACGGAGCACCUGCAGGUGGACUCAGCAGGCGAUGCUCGUAUGACCUUGGAAGCCUGUGACCAGACCGCUAAUGGUGAGAUCAGGCGGGUUUUUCUCAACUACUCCGAGGUGUUUCCACAGAUGUCUUACCAGGUGCCUGUUAGCAAAGUGAAUCAGACCUGCAGCAGAGGACGAGGAAGCAGGCAUGGGGUUGGGUCGGUGGUAGGGAACCUUGCACCACCAGCAGCCAUCCCUACGUACACAGAACGUCCGACCGUGUUGCCCAUCAGCUCCCUGCAGGACUUGUCUGUGGGGCCGGGCAGGACCACAGGGGGGCGGGGGGGUGACUCGCCGCUCUCUCUCCUCUCUGUGAACCACGAGGAGCUGGAACGCUCGCCUAGUGGGUUCAGCAUUUCUGUGGAGAGGGAGGGUGAUGUAGGGAUGGAUGCGUCAAUGGGGGCUGCUGUGGCGACGGGGGAGGCCAGCUGGACAAGACCCAGGCCGAGCUACUUGGCUGAAGGGGAGACAGACACUGACACCGACCCCUUCACGCCUAGCGGGGGGGCACUACCUCUCUCCUCUACUGGGGAGGGGUUUGGGGAUGCUGAGUGGAACACGCCGCCCUGAAACAAAUCGGUCACCGCGACUCUGAGACCUUAAAUCCAACCCAUGCCUCUAUGCUCAAAACCACUGGGUCAAAGCCACUCCUUUGAGCUGAAUCUUCGGGAAGAGGAUGGGUCUCAACCGCCUCGAUGCUGCACGUUCUAAACGAACCGUUAUCGACCUACAGUGACCACAAAAGUCCAGGUAGAGCCAUGGCAACGGGUCUGACCCGACAAAGAAAAAAAAGGGAAAGAAGACCUUUUGUAAAAAAAACUCUGUACAGUGCACUCAUCACAGAACAAUUUAGCGAAAAAAAAAGAACAUUAUACAUUACUAUAUACACCCAAAAGCUUUACUGCUGCAAAGCCAACCGCACUGCAUGUAACGCAUGCGAUUUUUAGUGUAGACACUGCAAAUUUCAGGAUAUAUCAGGAAAAAGAACAGAGAUUGAAUGGAAACUUAUACCUGCUAUGCCAUUUUGUAAAACUUAUUUUUUAUACGAAAACAUAUUUGUUUUUGCAUGGUUUGCAUGAUGCUGCACCAUUCUAGGGAUGAUAAUUAAGAGGGUGAUACUGGAACCAAAAGUCUCCUGUCUGUUUUACUUGUUUCUCACCAACCAUCUGUGUGGGAUCUUGUUGCUAUCUCUGACUUUUUUGUAUUUAUUUUUUUUACAGUUCUUUUCCUUUUUUCUGUCUUCUAUUUUUGCUGGAAGUCAUCUAACAGAGUUACCAAACAAUACAGUUAGAAAAUAUACGAAACACAAAAGUUCUGAGCUGGCACAUGAAUCCAGGGAUAUAAACUGCCUGCAUGUCUGUCAUUCAUAAAACAAUGGGAUAUUUCUCAAGGAUGAGCAUUGGCUUAUAUUAUUAAAAAAACAAAAAAAACACUGUCUAUUAGAAGGCAUUAACCCCCUCCCAAUGUUUUCCAUUUGUUUAGAUGUUAUAUGGUGUAAAAAUCAUUUAAGAAAAGCUUUCUUCAAUAUAAAAAUCCAUUCAAAAUGGCCCUAAAUAAUAUAUAUAAAAUAUGUAUUCAUCCUUCUUGUGAAUUCAUGAUAAAAUUUAAUGUUUUAUCUUAAUAGGUACAUAAGUUUUCACACUUCUUGCUAAAGCUUUGAGGUUCUGACAUGAAUCCACCUUUAAUAAAUUCAGUUGGUUGAACAUGACUUGGAGUGGAGCACACCUGUCCCUACAAGCUCUCCCAGUUUAGUCGGCAGAUUGUGAUUUUAAACCAAGUCCUCAAGUUAAAAGGACUGUAUAAAGACCUAUAAAGAACUAUGUCAAAUCACAAAACCUGUUGAUGGAUACAAACCCUUUGUUUUUUAGUACUGAGCAUCUAAAACCCUUCACAGGGCCCUUCCUAAAUACACCAGUGUACCACCCAAAAAGUGAGGCUUUGGUAAUGAGCCAAUAAAGCCUUCAUGGUAGACUGAUCACAUUAAAGCCAAUCAUAUCUUAAAAACAUAUGGAGGCUGAACUGUAUUUUCUUAAAAAUUCACCUGAGAGAUCAUCAGACCAGAAGAGACUGAACUAUCUAGUCUGAUAAAACGAAAGCAGAAGAUUAAACUCCAGUUUUCAAUGUCUGGAGAAAAAAAGUGCUUUGUGUAAAUCAAAGCUAUUGCCACCAUAUUAUUAGCUGUGGCAGUAACAGGGUGAAUCGCACCCACAGCCAUGAUCGAAUGCGAGAACCUCAAGGAUGCGUCCCUCAAGAUGUUCCCAGCAAAUCUGACUGCAUGAGUUUUUGUUAUGUCAGGCUAAAUAAGCCUUUCUUGUUGACGGCAAAAUGUAUUUAGAGAUGCUUGGUAAGAAAUGAACAAAAAUCUUUGGAAUUCCACAAUUUGUUCUUGUACCCAAUAAUACACUGGAAAAAAUCCAGAACUAGAUAUGUCAUUUUUUUAUUGAAAUAACUGCAUUUCUUCUUGAAUUGAGGAGGUAAAAGAGAAU